AUGGAUCUUCUUAACCACGUCCCGUCUAGUCGCUUCUUGUGCCCCAAAGAGCGAUAUGAAAACAAUAAAGAUCACCAAAUAACGAAGACUACUAACGGGAAAACCUUUCACCCUCGCAAAAUCAAAAGUUCGUGUUUCAGUGAAAAGUCCAAUCAGCUCCAUUCUCUAUUUUGUCGCAGACCAGACCCUGAAAGAUUAUAUAUUUGUGAGGCUUGUCAGUACAAAAUCAAAACAAAUACCUACUACUUCUGCAGCCACUGCGAUAAAGAGUACCACAAAGAAUGUGUUGAGGCACCUUCCAUUCUCCAUUCCCCUAGUCAUCCAAGACAUCCUCUUCAACUUCUCUGGUGUCGGGAUUUACUACCUAACCCAGCUUGUUUUUCUUGUCCCGGUACGUGUUUGAAUCUAUUGUACUAUUGCCUUGUUUGUGAUUUUGCACUUCAUGUUUUUUGCUCGAAAAAUCCAACACCGCCCCUUACUAUAGACAAUCCAAAAAGGCAUAAGCAUACUCUCCAUUACUUUCCAAGGAAAUCUACUUUGGCUUGUGAUGUUUGUGGAUUGGUGGAUGAAUAUGUUCACAUACUAUACACAUGUCUCCUAUGCGAUUUCCUUGUUCAUAGAAGGUGUAUAGGCUUACCAUAUGUUAUAAAGGUAUCUCGUCAUAGUCACCGUCUCGCUUUUACUCCUGGUAACCCUUUCAAAGAGGAGUCGGCUGAUUGUGGAGUUUGUUAUCAAAAGAUAGACAUAAACUACGGAGAAUAUUCUUGCGUGAAAGGAUGCGUUUAUGCAAUGCAUUCUGGAUGUGCGCUACGAAGUGACGUGUCCGACGGAAAAGAACUUGAAGGAAAGCCUGAAGAAGAAACAUAUGAUGAAAAUAAUAAUAAACUGUUUGAAGAUAAAGGUGAUGGAGUUAUACAUCACGAGGGUCAUCCUUGUCAUGAUCUAAUGAAAAUUGAAAAACAACAACUCCAUGAUCAUGAAAACAAGCGUUGUCAAGCGUGCAUGCUUCCGUUGUGUGAUGAUGAUGGUAAUAAUGUGUAUCGUUGUAUUCAACACUGUGAUUUCUUUUUACAUGAAGCAUGUGCAAAUCUUCCUCGCGUGAAGCAGUGUAUACUACAUGUUCAUCCAUUGAUUCUAGAGCUCCGUUUUACCACUCGUUACUUCGCUCGUUACUACCUGGACUGUGUGAAAUGUCAACGUCCCUCAUGCGGCUUCUCAUAUGUGUGUCCGAACGAGGAGUGUAAUGGUUGGAAGUUAGACACGCUUUGUGCUUCUAUACGUGAGCCAUUCAAUCACCAUGCUCAUCCACAUCCAUUGUUCAUAACUUGUACGGAAUACACAAGAAUGUGUUGUUUCAUUUGUAAAUCACGGUAUUACCAACCUUUAAGUUGUGUUCAAUGCCGUUUUGAUCUGUGCUUUCGUUGUGCCACUCUUCCACAUAAAGUAAGGUACAAGCAUGAUGAGCAUUUGCUCGUUUUUUCGUACAAAGAAGAUGCAGAUGAUGACGAAAUUUACUGGUGUGAAAUAUGCGAGGAAGAUAUUUUUCCAAAGCUAGGCUUUUAUGCAUGCUCUGAGUGUGGAGUCCCCCUGCACAUCGACUGUCUUCUAGGAAGCGAUCUUUAUAUGAAACCUGGAGAAAUUGGUUCUACAUUCAAUAUGGAGAUUCACUAUCUUUCAAACACUUAUCCAACUCGACCUAUAUGCAAAAGUUGCAAAAGGCACUGUCCUUACAAAUUAAAGGUAAAGACAUCCAAUGGAGAAUUAUUCUGCUCUUCUCGUUGCUUAGAAAACUACCAAAAGUAUGUCGCUGUGAAAUCAGUCCGAUGUAUUCAGAGAUUUAGAGAAUAA